GGUGCACCGCCGCCCGGCAGUCCCAGUGAGACGGCAUCCAGCCCGAGCCAAACCGUACUGCCGGACGGACCCACAGUUAUGGCUGGUCCGACGGCAACGGCACCAGUCCUUACCUGGUCGCCAUUGCUUUUUCCACCGUGGAAUACGGCACUGCUGCCAGCCGCGUUUUAUCCCGUUGCAGCACUACGAUCACUGCCUGGAUUUCUUGACAGCAUGAAACUCCCCCAAUCGCAGCGAACAACCAGCACCGGGGCUGGCUUUCGUAUCUGCAACCUGCUCGAACUGGACAACGAUAAGAAACAGCAUGCGAAGAAGCGGAAAAGCUCCAGCUCGCUAGAUGAACCCGUGCCGCUCCAUCGAGGUUCCCGCGACCAGGAUGCUGACGAGGCGGACGAUGAAGAUGAUUCCGGUGCCGUUGAUGCGAACGGUCCAGAUGGAUCGCUAACGCGGCGCAGUGGCACGACAACGCUUUCCCAGGAGGACACCAGCAGCAAUCCGGAUCUGCACGGUUGCAGCGUUAUCAACAGUGAUGAUGAUAGUAGUAGACCGGAAGCUCGCACCGACGGUAGAGGUACGAGCCGUGGGCAGGACGAUCGGACAAGUCCUUCGGCGACGAGUGGUGAUGAAGGUGGUGGUAAGCCUACGUUUGGACUGCGAACUGCGAGCCUGGCGGAAGAUUUGCAGGCCCGGUUUGGGUAUUCGGCGCUGCAUCCUGGUUCGCAUCUUCCCCAUCUACCUUCGCACCCGCACCACCACCACCACCAUCAUCAUCAUCAGCAUCAUCCGACACAUCUGCAUCAUCCGCACCAUACGCUGGCAAGUACACCACCGAGCCACGCACUGUUUGGUGGACGAUCCUGGCCGUACGAUAGCUGCAAUACAUUGAAUGCAUGCCAUCAGCAAGCGGCCCAGCAAGCCCACCAACGGUUGUUCGCCCAGCAGGUCAGCCCAGCGGACAGUACCUCGCCGGUGCACUCGGAACGUUCGUACAUCGGCAGCACCAGCCUAGCGACACUGGCGGCAGCCGGCACCACACCCGGUGAUCUUUCGAUCGGUGCCCAUCUGGGCACGGGCCGUACCGGUUCCGGGAUGCGCACACCAAGCCCAUCCGACUCGGAACGUGGCGGUGAUUCGCACCAUCUGCACGGUGAUACACACACCGAAAACUCGGACGACGUCGAUAUCGAGGAGGGCUGUGACGAGGAGAUUGACAUGAUCGAUGACACGGACGACGGCAGUAUGCCAACGGAGCGGGGCCACCAAUCGAACGGGAUGGGGCACAAGAAGCGCAAACGGCGUGUCCUAUUCUCCAAAGCGCAAACGUACGAGCUGGAGCGUCGGUUUCGUCAGCAGCGCUAUCUGUCCGCUCCGGAACGGGAGCAUCUGGCGUCGUUGAUCCGGCUCACGCCGACACAGGUGAAGAUAUGGUUCCAGAACCAUCGGUACAAAACGAAACGGGCCGCCCACGAGAAGGGCGCACUGGAUCAUCACGGUGGCCAUGGAGGGGGAGGGAACGGUGCGGGGGGUUUACCAUCACCAAGGCGAGUCGCUGUGCCGGUGCUGGUGCGCGACGGGAAACCUUGUCUCGGGGGAAGUAAGCAACCGCACGACCUUCUGACAGCGGUUCCCGGUGCGGCUCAUCUGCAGCUACCGCCCGGAUUCCAGCAUGCCAGCCUGCUGCAUCAUGCGGCGGCCGCUGCUGGCCGAUGGUGGUCGUAG